AAGUCCCCCCAGCCCCGGAGCCGUGUGGUCUCGCAGAGCCAUGAUGAAGCUCCUGCCCGUUGCCCCUCUCCUCCUGCUUCUCCUGACAACGCUGGAAGCCAGACCAAAACCUGCAGCCCUGAAGUGCAGGACGGGUCCCCUGGACAUCGUGUUUGUGAUCGACAGCUCCCGCAGCGUGCGCCCCUUCGAGUUCGAGACCAUGCGGCGCUUCAUGAUGGACAUCAUCGGCAGCCUGGACGUAGGCCCCAACGCCACGCGGGUGGGGGUGAUCCAGUACUCCAGCCAGGUGCAGAACAUCUUCUCCCUCAAGACCUUCUUCACGCGGGCAGAGAUGGAGAAGGCCAUCAACAGCAUCGUGCCGCUGGCCCAGGGCACCAUGACAGGGCUGGCCAUCCAGUACGCCAUGAAUGUGGCCUUCACCACGCAGGAGGGCGCGCGCCCUCUGCACAAGAAGAUCCCCCGCAUUGCCAUCAUCGUGACGGAUGGGCGGCCCCAGGACCGUGUCACUGAGGUGGCCACCCAGGCCCGCAAUGCUGGCAUCGAGAUCUACGCCGUGGGCAUCCAGCGAGCAGACAUGAACUCGCUGCGGGCCAUGGCCUCGCCGCCGCUGGAGGAGCACGUCUUCCUGGUGGAGUCCUUCGAGCUCAUCCAGCAGUUCGGGAAGCAGUUCCAGGACAAGCUCUGCGGGGUGGACAUGUGCAUGGAGCAGGAGCACGGCUGCCAGCACAGCUGCGUCAGCACCCCCAGCUCCUUCUACUGCGAGUGCAACCCGGGCUACAGGCUCAACGUGGACGGAAGGACCUGUUCCCCCAUCGAUGCCUGUGCAGACGGGAGACACGGCUGCCAGCACCAGUGCGUCAGCGCUCGUGGCUCCUACUCCUGCCGCUGCCGCGCGGGCUACUACCUCAACCAGGACAAGAGGACCUGCUCCAUGAUCGAUUACUGCAGCUUUGGAAACCACAGCUGCCAGCACGAGUGUGUGAGCAUCCCCAACGGGCACUACUGCCGCUGCCGCAGCGGCUUCACGCUGCAGCCCGACGGCCGGUCCUGCAGGGCCACCGACCUCUGCAACGGGGUGGAUCAUGGCUGCGAGUUCAAGUGUGUGAGCACGGAGGGCUCCUACCGCUGCGUGUGCCCCGAUGGCCAGCAGCUCCAGGCUGAUGGCAAGGCAUGCAGCAAGUGCGGGGCCGGGCACGUUGACCUGGUGAUGGUGAUUGAUGGCUCCAAGAGCGUUCGUCCCCAAAACUUUGAGCUGGUGAAGCAGUUUGUGAACCGCAUUGUGGACCUGCUGGAGGUGUCCCCCCACGGCACGCGGGUGGGGCUGGUGCAGUACUCCAGCCGCGUCCGCACCGAGUUCCCCCUCAACAAGUACCACAGUGCGGAUGAGAUCAAGAAAGCGGUGAUGGAGGUGGAGUACAUGGAGAAAGGCACCAUGACGGGCCUUGCCCUCAAGCACAUGGUGGAGCACAGCUUCUCUGAGCUGGAAGGUGCCAGGCCUCUCUCCCACAACAUCCCCAGAAUCGGGCUCGUCUUCACGGACGGUCGCUCCCAGGAUGACAUCUCCGAAUGGGCCAGGAGAGCAAAGGAGUCAGGGAUCGUCAUGUUUGCCGUGGGUGUUGGCAAGGCCGUAGAAGAGGAGCUGAGAGCGAUCGCCUCCGAGCCGGUGGAGCAGCACUUCUCCUACUCGGCUGACUUCACCACCAUGACCCACCUCGUGGAGAACUUCAAGCUGAACAUCUGCCCAGAGGAAGGCAAAGGGGAGAUGGAGAUCCGCAGCCCGUGCGAGUGCGAGGCGCUGGUGCAGUUCCAGACGAACACUGUGGCCAUCCUGCAGAGCCUGACCGAGAAAAUCGCUCAGAUGACAGCCAGACUGGAAGACCUGGAAAAGCAGAUGGCCAACAAGAAGUGAUCCUUGCAAGGGGCUGCAGCGCUCGGACGGGGCACGGGGACGUACAGUAGCUACGUGGCAUUGUUAUUGCUAGGUUAUUGUAAAGCAUCAGUGUUUCUUCUUGUAUCACAAAAUCCCAGGGGGAUGUGGAGUAUAUUUAAAAAAACAAAAAUCCUUUAAAAAAAAAAAACAAAACACAAAAAAGAACUUGAGCAAAAGCUCCUGCUGCGAAGCCAAGGGGUUCAGCCCUCGCUGUUGCCUCGUUCCUCCGAACUGGGAGGACUGGGAUGAGGUGGGAUGACUGCGUGGGCAGGCUGGGCGUUGGACGAGGAGGCGUGACACCCGGCCUUUUCCCUGGGAUGAACCAGCCCUUGCACAGCCCCCCCGGCCCCCAGCGAGCU